GUCCGCGUGGUUUGUGUUGGCUGCAUGUUUCCGUGGCAGCGACAAAGUAGCUCGUCGUUGCAUUGAGUGAGAAACGACAGUCAAAGGGAGAGCCCGUAGCAUUUGCUUACAUUUUUUCACAUCCUAAGAGAGGACACCGCAGCAUAAAGCUAAGCCUUAUUAAAGGAGACUGGUAUGUGUAGGAACACAGAAGCGUGAGGAACAGCACAGUUUCGCCUAGCAGCCUAAGCAAGGACAGACUUGACACUCGCUUCUUUUUUUGUAUAGAUAAACCUCGUUUUUUGUUUGUUUUGGUUUGAGAAAGCUGCAGUUUAAGCAAUUUCACCGUUUUGUUACCGCCCACUCCUGAAAGCAACAUCUGGUUGGCAGAUUUUCAAUCGAAUCUCAUGUAUUUCGGUGAGGGCAUAUCCUAGUUAGGUCCUGUUUUAUGCUUUUCUUUUACCCACGUCCUGUCCCAAAUAAAAAAGGAGCGGCUAGUUUUUGAACGCUGCUCGUGAGAAAUUCCUAGUUAAGAUUCCAUUCGUUCCGAUGUGACAAGACAACUCACAGUGGUCAUCUGUUUUCAAGGCAAUCCACAUGCAUUUACAAAUUCUGCGUUUUUAUUAGCUAAAGCUUUGGCGGUCAUAAAUUGUUAGACAGGCUACAUUGUAAACAAAGAAGAAUAAGAGACUCAUCAAAUAAGAUGUUGCUUAAGGAGUACAGGAUAUGCAUGCCGCUGACUGUUGAGGAGUACAGGAUUGGCCAGCUGUAUAUGAUCAGCAAGCACAGCCAUGAGCAGAGUGACCGCGGUGAGGGGGUGGAGGUGGUCCAGAAUGAACCGUUUGAGGACCCCGCCCACGGUCAGGGCCAGUUCACCGAGAAACGUGUCUACCUCAACAGUAAAUUGCCCAGCUGGGCUCGAGCAGUGGUGCCCAACAUCUUCUACGUAACAGAGAAGGCCUGGAACUACUACCCUUAUACCAUAACAGAGUACACCUGUUCUUUCUUGCCCAAGUUCUCCAUUCACAUAGAGACGAAAUACGAGGACAACAAAGGCAGCAAUGACAACAUCUUCUCAGACAGUGAAAAUAAAGACCAGGAAAGGGAAGUGUGUUUUGUGGAUAUCGCCUACGACGAGAUCCCUGAGAGAUACUAUAAAGAGUCUGAGGACCUGCGGUACUUCAAGUCAGAGAAGACGUCGAGAGGCAUGCUGCAGGAGGGCUGGAGGGACACCCAGGAGCCCAUCAUGUGCUCCUACAAGCUGGUCACCGUCAAGUUUGAAGUGUGGGGCCUGCAGACGCGCGUAGAGCAGUUUGUACACAAGGUGGUGCGUGACGUGCUGCUCCUGGGCCACAGGCAGGCUUUUGCCUGGGUGGAUGAGUGGAUCGACAUGACGAUGGAUGAGGUGAGAGAGUAUGAGCGCACCAUCCAGGAAGCCACCAACGAGAAGAUUGGGAUUUUCCCCCCGUCGAUCUCCAUCAGCGAGAUGCCCCUGUCCUCCUGCACCCUCUCCGGCCCCGCCAGCGCCCCCACCACCCUCUGCACUGAUGCCCCAGAGUUCCUCUCCGUCCCCAAGGACCGAGCCCGCAAGAAGUCCGCCCCUGAGACCCUCACCCUGCCCGACUCCGCUACCCAGAACCAGAGUGGAGUCCCCCAGGGCUCUAUGCUGGUGCCAGUUCCAAAUCAAAAUCACUCCCCCUGGCCCUCCUCUGACUCUGACCAAGCUGAGUUAGGGGAGGAAUAGGAGGGACGGGAUGUUAUUUUCCCCCAUAUGCCCCGCCACCUCACUGUCUUAGUAGCCCAGCAAGACUAGCCUCUACGCCCCAGUGCCCAGUCCUCCAGGCCCAACUAACCAUAUCCCAGAGUUCAGUGCUUCUUACACAUAUCACCAGAGGUCAAAAGUCUAACCACCAGUUUCCAAUCUCCUACAUCCUCAACACAAGUCGGUUUUGUCAGCCUUCAAUGGAUGGCUUCCUCUUCCUGAGAUCUAGCCAAUCAGAUGUCUGACCGACUGUGACAACCACCUAAGCUGUCCAUCAAGAGAACAUAUCCACAAGGGGUUUUGUGUCCUGUCCUCAAUUAGCGAUCCCUGUGUUCGUCUUAAAAUACGUUAUUGAUAAAAUGCCAGAUGGAUUCUCUUUUUUCAUAUAUCAGGUCAGCUGAUGAUCCUUAUGUAAUGUAAAUGUAGUUGCCAUAACACCACGAAAUUAGAGAUACAAUGAUAUUAAUAUUGUUUUGUGAACAUCUUUCCAUGGACUUCUCAGCCUACAAAUAUAUCGAAAUAUAAUUUGGACCUUGAAAUAAAUACACUUUUUAAAUUAACAAAAUGGAAGUAGGAGUACUGUAGUAUAGUUAGAUUUUAUAAAUACAUUGACACCACCUUUCACCUGGACAGAGGACAGACCAUUCAAAACUGAACCCAGAUCUGUGUAUGUUCACGUCUCCACUCCACACUCCUACUGAAACAGAUGCAAGAUCAGUACAAUCACAGAAAGAGAUCCCUUCUCAGGUCUCCAGAGCUCUGCCUCAGCCCUCUAUAGGAAGGGCAGGGAAUGUAACCAUUCUCUCCUUGCUUUAAAACACAAUUUUUAUACCGGCACAGAUAUAUCUAUAUACUAUAUCUAUACUCACCUGUCUACUUAACUAACCUUUGGAACGUUUACACAACAUUAGAUAAGCCAUGAUAAAAUACAUAUUGGGUAUCAAGUUUGACAUUGAGGAGUGAUGCAGUCAGUUUAAUCAAAUUGGUAUAGCAACAGAACAGAUAUGACGAGGGAAAAGGACAUUUGGGGGAUAUGCUGUAAAUGUAAGUGAACAUUGAGCACAGUGGAGUUGAUAAGAAAUUCCAUGCUUUCGCAGGGCACUCGCUUCAACCUGGCCUUAUUCUAUGUACUUGGUUAUCUUUGCGUUGUGCGCAUUGUGUUUUUAGGAAUACCGAUCAUGUUGCUUGCCAAUGUUGGUUCUGUACCAGUUUUGGUGGGAUCCGAAAGUUAUUUUGACGCAACAACGUUAGCGGCGGCCAUCUUUUUUUCCCCUGCGCUAGCCUCACCACUGUGUCAUCAGAAACUUUUGGAGGGGAGGGGGAGAGAGAAACAUUGAGGACUGAAGGUUUCUCUUUAUGUAAUGCCCUAGCUACUGUUUUAUACAAUCACAUAAAUGCAUAAAAGGGUCUCAUAUGCCGCAUGAAAUGUUCACAAACAUGUACACAUAUGUGAAGUAUAUGUGUAUAUAAAUGGCAGGAUAUAUUGUGGAUAGGAAAUUGUGGAGAAAGCGAAUGUGCCGUUGUCCUAGGCUCUGUAGUGUAACCAUUGUAUAGUAAAGCAGAGUUUUAGCAGAGACUGAAACGGAGCAUGUUCUGAGAAGACAACUCUCUACUCAGUGCCUCUGCAUGCAAAAGUCUCUAUAGUCUCGUCGGAUUACAAAUCCAAAACAAUUCAAUGAAGAGAACCCCCCUCUGGCUUGAAACUCGUUUCGGGUUUUAAAAAUCAACGUUUCUCUUCCUUUUAAUUCUACCUUGUAAUGUCAUAGAGAAGCAUUUAGAACCUUCUUAUCUUUGCAACCACAGAUCAUAGAAACACACCUUUUUCACUGGAGAUAAUGAAUAGGAGUUUGUAAAGUGGCGGAAUGGCCCUUUUAAGUCUACUAUUCAAUUUAUUGCAAUUUCAAAACAUUGAUUUGAAAUACAGAUUCAUGUUUUGUAGUUACCUGUUGACCAUUGUUUUGUCCUGAAGACGUCACAUUACAUUACAUAUGUGGGCAUUUGCACUUUGUGAUGAGAAAGCGAAAUUAGCCGUUAACAAACAUACUGACUGUUAUAUCUCUGUUUUUAGGGUUUUGUUGGACAAGCCGACUUGUUGGUCAGAUAUAGACCACUCUACACUAUAGACCACUCUACACUAUAGACCACUAUAGACCACUCUACAGUGUCUAACCCCAAAAUGUCUCAUCUUUACACAAGAUGCUCACUAUCAUUCUAAACUGUACUCGUCUUUGCUGUUAAAUUUCCUGUGGGAUACAUGUGUUAAAUGAUAUUGACUAUCAGGAAUAAAAAAAGUUCCAGGGAUAUGUUUGAGUGCCAGUAAACUAAUGGCUAUAUCAAAAUGAACGCAACAUGAAAAUGCAUAACAUCCAGGGUCAGUUAAUUUUCGGAGAGAAGGUCGAGGUUUUAUAAAUAGUCAACUCUUUCAUUGUCGGUUGCAUGCUCCACGUAAAUUCAUGAAGACUUUUUGAGUGAGCUUAUCUGGAGCAUGGAACCGAAAGUGAAUGAGUUUACUGUUUACGGAACCUAGUCCUUCACUCUGGAAAAAUAACCAACCCUUGAGAUUAUACUUGUCAUUUUCCAUUUCGUUUUGAGAGUGCAAAAGUUUGGUUUGAAUCAUUUAACAUUUAAGGUGCAACGUCCCAUUUGUUAGUUCUCUUUAUUGAGCUGUUGAAAAAUCCACAGUAGAAAAGACCAUUGUAACUACAUACUGUACGUUACAACCCUAUGUGCAAAAUACAUUUAAAAAAUGUAUUUUUGGUUGAAAGGACAUUGAAAAUAGGUAUUUUUCAACAUAUUAUGCUCACUGUGAAAAGAUUUACUUAGAAUUUGCAACCUCCCCAUUGUAGUGUGCAUCAUCGACGUUCCAGUUGCUUUUGGUGAUCCUACAGCUCUUUGACAUAAUGACACAUGAUCUAUGAAAACAAUAUUUGAAUCCAUCUUUUUUUUAUUUCUAUUGGGGGGGACUGUGUUUACUUUUGAAUUUUUACAAUAUACCUUGACUCGGAGGUUGGUUUUCUGUUAUAAGUUUCACAAGUGCUGUAGUUUGAUUUUGUGGUUUGCUGUAUUUCAAAUGGCAUCUGUUCAUUCUAAGAAAAGGACCAAGCUUUCGUUGUGUCCCUCCUGGUGCGGCUUGCCAGGCUGUCGUGCUGUCUCCCUAGCUCUGGUCCAGGUUGUCACUGCUGCUUCCUGACCCUGAGCCUCUUAAGCAGGACAAGCGUUAGCAAUCCACACUAACACCCUGGACCAGAGCUACUGUCUCCCUAUCUGAAGUGCCAUCCUUGUUCGGCUACUGGAAGUCGCUCUGGGUUCUUCCACUGAUUAUACUUGUUAUAUUUUUACUGCCCUCCUUGAGGUACAUUUUGGUUCUCUGUUGUAAUUAUUGUUUCACUUUUUUCUUAAUUCUUGUAGUAAAUAAAGUUUACUUGCUACUA